CAAGGCUGGUUGGCUUUUUUAGUCUUUUGAUCAACUCAUGGGUGUAUUGAAUGCAUUUCGGAGAAUGCCAGAGUUUUGGGAGAGCAGCACGUCAUGGUUCUAGCCAGUUGCUCUGCUCUCAUGAUCAGUUGUUGGUUUAUCAUUAUUCUGGUUUAUCGCUCUGCAUUCGUUGUUUCAAGCUUAUCUGUACGUGAUGUUGUCCAUCAAGACGGAGCCGGUAGAUGUACUAAUGGGGGUCACGGAGGAAGAUGACGGUGGGCAGAAACCGCAUUGGGGGCCGUUGAGCUCGUUCAAGGACAGGUCCGAUCUUCUCGUGCCAGCCGGGGCAAGCUCUAAGAAGCGUUCGGGAGCCAGGGUAUCCACAAAAGGGAUCAAACGGCCUGGCUACAGACGGCGGAUCGUAGCGCCGUUCUCGUACGUGGACCUGAUCAAAAAUGCGAUCAAGUCGGCUCCAAACUGCAUGCUGACAUUGCGAGAAAUCUUAAGCCACUUGGAGGAGAACAACGAGUGCUUCCGUGGUUCGUACGUCGGCUGGAAGAACAGUGUCCGUCACAACCUCUCAGUCAACGACUGUUUCGUGAAGCUACUCCGCCACAGCCACAGACCAUUCGGUAAGGACAACUUUUGGGCCUUGAAUCCAGACCAUUCACACCCCGUGAGUUUCAUGAAGACGCCUCCUAAGCUUUCGCCCACCACCUCUUCACCCACCACCUCUUCACCCUUUGAUGACUCGACGCCGGCGUCCUACACACCACCUCAGACCGGCUCGCCUAGCCCUUUGAGCGGAGAUGGCGACGAAACUGCAAGAACAUCGCCCCAAAUUAUAGCCCAUCCUCCUGUGGUGCAGUCAGAACCCGUUGACCUGAGAAAACGCGCUGACCCAUUCGAGGAAAACUCAAACCGUGCAACAGGAUCUCCGAAACCCCACGAGUCCCCCCGCCGAAUCAGGACACCGACUGCAAUCCACCGGGGAAACUCUCUGACGUUGGGGAACACCUUGCCUAUAUCUCGUUUCCUGAACUCACCACCACUCUCUCGGGGAGACAAAUCAAAUGAGCGAGACACAUUUUGCCCAGUCUUAACCAUGUCUUCUGCCACAAGAAGAAGUUCCGUUAGUACACCUACGUCACCACGUGCCACGGUACAUCAGUCAACCAGCCCGCCCUUUGUUGACGAUGCCAUCGUACACCGAGCAGCGGCUGAGGCCGCCCCACACACGCCCGCCGACGAAGUGAUGAUGAAAAGUCUCUACGAACAUUACUGGAACCGAGCUCUUCAGGAAAGACAUGCCCUUUAUUGUCAGCAUCUUGCCAUGCUCAAGGGCCGCCAUGACAGGCUUGGUUACCAGCGAUCUCCAUCAGUGUGUGUUCCACCCACGUACCCACCCGUUGUAUAUCCAGCUAGGUCAUUACUCCCAAACAACUACAUGCCAUACGGCUAUACACCACUGACAACCAUAGAAGGGAAUUAUUUAUAACAGAUGAUAACAAUUAAUUUUCUUGUUUCAUACUAAAAUUGCAUUCGAAACAACCCUUGUAUUCCCAAAGAGAGGCAUUACCUUUAGAACGAUAUCGGACACUUGGUAAUAAUAAUUAUUACUCAACAGCGUAAAACCUUACUUGGUAACGAGGAAUGGGGGAGGUUGAUAUAGUAUACAACAUUAUGAGAAACGGCUCCCGGGAUUUGUUAUCUCAAAAUUCUGACGACCAAUCGAGCUCAAAUUUGGUUAUUUUAUGCAUAAUAUUAUGUUGAUAAACACAAAGUGAGAAGACUGGUCUUUGACAAUAAUACCAAUAGUGUCCAAUUGUCUUCAAGUUGGACUGGCAGGUCAAGAAAGUCAGCAAUAAUUUUUACCACAUGUCCAGUAAACCUGGUUGCCGAUGAGGACACUGUUCCUAAAAGCUCUGUGAAAUCUAUACUCCAGGGGUUAUAUCAACAUGUACAUUAUGAUGCCAUUAUUUAUUAAACAGCGGCUACACUGAGGAUAAUCUCAAUAUUUUAAAUAUUGCCCCCUUUUUGGCUGAACAGACAUCGUAGAUACCAAUUUAUAACCAUUUUACACUUAAAAUUUGCAUGUUUUGGUAUAAACAAUUCUAGUCAAAAAUGCACCUCUCCGCGCGGAUUUUCAACCGAGAGUCAAAAAAUGACUUAUCUAUUAUAAUGACGCCAGUGGCGAUUUUCCCCUAUUUGGGUUUGAACACAGCUCUCCAGCUUUGGCAUAAUAUUUAUUAUACUUUUUGUCCAACUUCCGUAAAUGUGUUUUCUCGUUUUAGGCCGAUACUUUUUUUGUCAGCAAUGACUCUUACACCUGAACACUAUUGACUCAAUUCCUAGCGGCUUUGAAAGUUGUUCAUGCGGAAUAGUUUCUCCGGAAUACCAUAUUAUUAUCAAUGUGUUAAAGGAAAGGUACAAUAUUGGUUG